UUUAUAUCAGUGCAUUCGUAAUAACCUAACCAUUACGAAACUUAUAUUCGAUCAAAUAAGGCUCUUGUAGCAAAUUAGCAAUUCCAUUUUUUAUUGACCAAAUCCGACACUCUCAUUGGCCAUAAAAUAAUAACCUCACGUCGUGGUCUUAUCUUCGUGGACAGAUUUUGGGCGGAGUAAACCCUCUCGCUUCAUCUCUUCCUCUCUGGCUAUACCUGAAGUUUUGAGGACUCUUCUGGAAUUUGGGAUUUUAUGUGGAUUUUAUGUGAAUACUGAGUGGACCUAAUUGAUCUCUUCUAUAUUAUUGAGGAUUAAUCUUUGAUUUAUUAACCAUCUAUUUAGUGAAAUGGCAAACGCGGGGAUACAGCUCCUUGGAUUCGUCUUGUCUUUUCUUGGCUUUAUCGGGUUGAUAGCAUCCACGAUCAUGGCCGAGUGGAAACUGUCAUCCUAUGCUGGGGACAACAUCAUAACGGCGCAAGCCAUGUACGAGGGGCUUUGGAAGUCUUGUGUGUCACAGAGCACUGGUCAAAUCCAGUGUAAAGUGUACGAUUCACUGCUCCAACUAACGGGGAUGGUGCAGGGCACACGAGGUCUCAUGGUGGGUGCCAUCCUGUUGGCUGGCAUUGCGAUCCUGGUGGCCAUGGUGGGCAUGAAGUGUACCACCUGUCUGGCUGAGGACCAAGAGAAGAAGGACAAAGUUGCCCUGACUGGAGGAAUCAUCAUCAUUAUCGCAGGUCUGUGUGCUCUGGUGGGGACUUCCUGGUACGGGAACAGAAUAGCAAAGGAAUUCUACGACCCCUUCACUCCUACAAAUUCCAGGUAUGAGUUUGGCAAGGCCUUGUUCGUAGGUUGGGGCUCUGCUUGCUUCACCAUCAUAGGUGGAGCCUUCCUCUGUUGCAACUGCUCCAGUGAAGGCUCAGGAAAGUCCUCCCGCUACCCCCCGAACCGCUCCGCUGCCCCACCAGGCAGAGACUACGUCUAGAGCCUGGGGAUAUCCAGGAGACCAGGGUCGUGUUCAUUAGGGUAGACGUUUCAAAAUGUUGUGCAAUGGAAAUUGAAAGCAAGCCUUUACUUACUGGUCAGGUAGUGCCUUCCCGUUUCACCCUAUUUAAGUCCGUUUUUCCUCUGUUUUGUGCUGAACAUGACCCACCUCCAUCCAGCCACUCUCUAUUCUGGGUACAGCACUGCCUAGGGUCAAAGCUGGGGUUAUUUUUGAUGAUUUGAUGGUUGGUUUGGUUUGAUUCAUGAUUUCUGUUAUUUUCAUUUCUGGUUGUUUUACUGUGAGACACUCCACUAGCAAGCAAUAUAUCCAUGAUGCAUACAUACAGUACUCUAUUACUAUUUUCACACUAUCGAUUCAACCCAAACUGCACAGUGCUGGCUCUGAUAUUUUCUUUUCACACCGUUCAUGAUUCCAGCAACUAUGGUGGAUGCGUAACGAGGACAGCACUGUUCAGUUAGUUCGGCUCAGUAGUGUGAAAAUAGUAUUUGUGUGUAGUUUGAGAUGUACAGUGCAUUCGGAAAGUAUUUAGACCCCUUGACUUUUUCCACGUUUUGUGACAUUACAGCCUUAUUCUAAAAUGGAUUAAAUUGCCCCCCCCCCCCCCCACAUCAAUCUACACACAAUACCCCAUAAUGACAAAGCAAAAACAGUUGAUUUUUUAUUUGAGCAAAUGUAUAAAAAAAAUGGAAAUAUUACAUUUACAUAAGUAUUCAGGUGCUUUACUCAGCACUCUGUUGAAGCACCUUUGGCAGCGAUUACAGCCUUGAGUCUUCUUGGGUAUGACGCUCCAAGCUUGCCACACCUGUAUUUGGGGAGUUUGUCCCAUUCUUCUCUGCAGAUCCUCUCAAGCUCUUUGUGUUAAAUGCUCUACAACAAAGCUUUCUUAGUGUCCAACAAGCUUUCUCUGCCCUUAACCUUGUUCUGAACACCUCAAAACAAAGGUCAUGUGGUUUGAUAAGAAGAAUGCCCCUCUCCCCACCGGUGUGAUUACUACCUCAGAGUUUAAAGCUUGGGGUAGUCACCUCAUACGAGUACUUGGGAGUGUGGCUAGAAGGUACACUGUCAUUCUUUCAGCACAUAUCAAAGCUGCAGGCUAAAGUUAAAUCUAGACUUAGUUUCCUCUAUCGUAAUUGCUCCUCUUUCACCACAGCUGCCAAACUAACCCUGAUUCAGAUGACCAUCCUACCCAUGCUAGAUUACGGAGACAUAAUUUAUAGAUCGGCAGGUAAAGGUGCUCUCGGGCGGCUAGAUGUUCUUUACCAUUUGGCCAUCAGAUUUGCCACCAAUGCUCCUUAUAGGACACAUCACUGCACUCUAUACUCCUCUGUAAACUAGUCAUCUCUGUAUACCUGUCGCAAGACCCACUCGUUGAUGCUUAUUUACAAAAUCCUCUCAGGCCUCACUCCCCCUAUCUGAGAUAUCUACUGCAGCCCUCAUCUUCCACAUUCAACACCCAUUCUGAUAGUCACAUUCUGUUAAAGGUCCCCAAAGCACACACAUCCCUGGGUCGCUCGUCUUUUCAGUUUGCUUCAGCUAGUGACUGGAACGAGCUGCAACAAACACUCAAACUGGACAGUUUGAUUUCCAUCUCUUCAUUCAAAGAGUCAAUCAUGGACACUCUUACUGACAGUUGUGGCUGCUUCGUGUGAUGUAUUGUUGUCUCACCUUCCUGCCCUUUGUGCUGUUGUCUGUGCCCAAUAAUGUUCGUACCAUGUUGUGCUGCUGCCAUGUUGUGUUGCUACCAUGUUGUAGACAUGUUGUGUUGCUAUCAUGCUGUGUUUUCAUGUGUUGCUGCCAUGCUACGUUGUUGUCGUAGGUCUCGCUUUAUGUAGUCUUGUGGUGUCUCUCCUGUCGUGAUGUGUGUUUUGACCUAUAUUAAAAAUAAAUAAAAAGUAUAAUUAAAUCGCAGCCCCCAUCCCCGCUGGAGGCCUUUUGCCUUCCGGUAGGCCGUCAAUGUAAAUAAGAAUAUGUUCUUAACGGACUUGCCUAGUUGAAUAAAGGUUAAAUAAAAAGUUAUGUCAGGUUGGAUGGGGAGUGUUGCUGCACAGCUAUUUUCAGGUCUCUCCAGAGAUGUUCAAUCAAGUUCAUGUCCAGGCUCUGGCUGGGCCACUCAAUGACAUUCAUUGGAAGGUAAACCUUCGCCCCAGUCUGAGGUACUGACCGCUCUGGAGCAGGUUUUCAUCAAGGAUCUCUCUGUACUUUGCUCCAUUCAUCUUUCCCUAAAUCCUGACUAGUCUCCCAGUCCCUGCUGCUGAAAAACGUCCCCACAGUAUGAUGCUGCCCAAUGGUGGAACAAACUCCCUCACGACGCCAGGACAGCGGAGUCAAUCACCACCUUCCGGAGACACCUGAAACCCCACCUCUUCAAGGAAUACCUAGGAUAGGAUAAGUAAUCCUCCUCACCACCCCCCCCCCCCUUAAUGAUUUAGAUGCACUAUUGUAAAGUGGCUGUUCCACUGGAUGUCAGAAGGUGAAUUCACCAAUUUGUAAGUCGCUCUGGAUAAGAGCGUCUGCUAAAUGACUUAAAUGUAAUGUAAAUGUAUGCUGCCACCACCAUGCUUCAUCGUAGGGAUGGUGACAGGUUAACUCCAGACGUGACACUUGGCAUUCAGGCCAAAGAGUUCAAUCGUGGUUUCAUCAGUCCAGAGCAUCUUGUUUCUCAUGGUCUGAGCCCUUCUCCUCCGAUUGCUCAGUUUGGCCUGGUAGCCAGCUCUAGGAAGAGUCUUGGUGGUUCCAAACUUCUUCCAUUUAAGAAUAAUGGAGGCCACUGUGUUCUUGGGGACCUUCAAUGCUGCAGAAUUUUUUGGGUACCCUUCACCAGAACUGUGCCUCAACACAAUCCUCUCUCGCAGUUCUACAGACAAUUCUUUUGACCUCAUGGCUUGGUUUUUGCUCGGACAUGCGCUGCCAACUGUGGGACCUUCUAUAGACAGGAGCCUUUCCAAAUCAUGUCCAAUCAAUUGAAUUUACCACAGGUGGACUCCAAUCAAGUUGUAGAAAACUCUCAAGGAUGAUCAAUGGAAACAGGAUGCACCUGAGCUCAAUUUCUCAUAGGAAAGGGUCUGAUGACUUAUGUAAAUAAGAUAUUUCUGUUUUUACUUUUGUUACAUUUGCAAACAUUUCUAAAAACCUGUUUCCGCUUUGUCAUUAUGGGGUAUUGUGUGUAGAUUGCUGAGGAUUUGGGGGGAUUAUAAUCCAUUUUAGAAUAAGGCAGUAACGUAACAAAAUGUGGAAAAGGGGUCUGAAUACUUUCCGAAUUCACUGUAGCUUGCUAAUGCUGUGAGCAGUAUCUUCUCAAAAAUGCACUAAAAUACAAUGGUGUAAAGUACCUAAGUAAAAAAUACUUUGAAGUACUACUUAAGUCGUUUUUUGGGGUAUCUGUACUUUACUAUUUAUAUUUUUGACAACUUUUACUUCACCACAUUCCUAAAGAAAAUAAUGUACUUUUUACUCCAUAUAGACACCCAAAAGUACUCGUUACAUUUUUUUAUGCUUGGCGUGACAGGAAAAUGGUCCAAUUCACACUUAUCAAGAGAAAAUCCCUAGCCAUCCUACUGCCUCUGCUCAGGCGGACUCACUAAACACAAAUGCUUCUGAGUGUUGGGGUGUGCCUCUAGCUAUCCAAACAAAUAAAAAAUAAGAACAUUUUGACAUUUAGUUUGCUUAAUAUAAGCAAUUUGAAAUGAUUUAUACGUUUACUUCUGAUACUUAAUAAGGUUGAAUUACAAAUACUUUUAGACUUUUACUCAACUAGUAUUUUACUGGGUGACUUACUUGAGUCAUUUUCUUUUAAGGUAUCUUUACUUUCACUCAAGUAUGACAAAUGCAUACUUUUUCUACCACUGCUGAAAUAUAAAUGUGAUUUAUUUUACUGUGCAUUUGUGGGUUAGAAUAUUACAAACAAAUAAAUAGGAUUGGGUGGUUACUAUACUCUUAUGCUAUUUUUUUAAUGUAGGAGUUUACCUAAAUAGUUUUGUUUACAUUGUAUUUUCUGAGCUGUAUCAAAUUAUGUCCCUUUUUUUACCAGAUUUUGUUAAGUUAUGUGUGAUAAUAGAUAAAUAAACCUUGCUGUUGUUUUUAAAGGUAAGGGUUUUUCUUUUAUUUAGAGGUCAGGUAUUAUGAAACACAUAUUUAGAGAUUGUGUAACACAGUAACUAAAUUAGAUCUAUAGUUCUCUCCUGUCUCCCGUUAGCUCCUGCGUUUUAUUUUGAAAAGGGAGUUGUCUCGACUUGAUUUGUGCGGAUAUACCUUGUGCCUGCAGUAACACGCCUCUGAGGGUCUUUAGAACAUUUGAGAGGAAUUUCUAGAAAAUAAUUUAUAUUUAAAAAUCACCAUUGAAUUUUCAAUAGAUAUGAACAUGAAUAUCCCACUCUCAAUUAUGUUGACAAUAUUCAUGUUUAUUUAACUGUAUCCAAAUGUAGACUAAAACUAGUGAAAUAA